AGAGGGUAGCGAUUGUGCUACAGUCGCACCGCGACACCCCCACGAGUAAAAUCGCGCGCGGCAGCCCACAUUCUCGUGUAUAGAACCGUGUACGUGUAUCGCGAAAAAGGGCCCGCGAACAGUGCUAUGCUUUUGAGGCCGCGAUUAGGAAGGUGCCCUCCAUCUUCGUCAUUGGCCUUAUCCUCGUCAUUUUCUUUCAAGUGAGAGCGCAAAAGCCGUACGGAGCGCAGCGUUGAGGUCAGCAUGAGCAGGAAAGAAUUUUUAGCGACAAACGAAACGAGAAGCUAAGAACGCAUGCCUAAAUUAGCCCGAAAAGCGGAUAAUUUGCUGGUAAGCGGCUAACGGGUCACUUCUAGGGGAUAAUAGAUCGCCGACUGGUGUCCCGAAGACUCAUCAGAAAACUGGUCGACUCUCAUGGCAGCGCGGAAAUUCGCAGCCCUCUUCGCCGCGGUCCUGCAACUUUGCUUAUGCCAAAUCACCCCGGAAGUUUUGCCCGAGUUCUUAGCUCCUUUGGAAAAUCACACGGUGAUUCAAGGUCGUGACGUCUUCUUCACCUGCGUCGUUAAUCAUCUGCAAUCGUACAAGGUAGCCUGGAUAAAAUCGGAUUCACGAGCGAUUUUGGCGAUACAUACGCACAUGGUGGCGCACAAUAACCGACUGUCUGUCACGCACAACGGGCACAACACGUGGAAACUGCACGUGUCGAAUGUCCAGAAGAACGACUCCGGUACCUACAUGUGCCAAGUCAAUACGGACCCUAUGCGUAGUCAGAUGGGGUACAUGGAAGUAGUGAUACCGCCCGACAUAAUGGACGACGAGUCCGCAGAUGGUAUGGUUACUCACGAAGGAGGCAAUAUAAGAUUGCGAUGUGUCGCCACUGGUUCGCCAAAACCUACCGUCACUUGGAAACGAGAGGACGGCCGUAACAUUAUCCUCAGAGAGGAUGGACAAAAACAAUCUCUGAAAACCGUCGUCGGCGAGACGUUAGAACUGACGGGAGUACUUCGGCAAGAGAUGGGCACGUAUCUCUGCAUAGCCACCAACAAUGUGCCGCCGACGGUUAGCAAGCGUUACUCCGUCGAUGUUCACUUUGCGCCUCUUAUUAAAGUGGCAAAUCAAUUAGUGGCUGCGCCGAUUAACAGCGAUGUCUUGUUGCAAUGUUACGUCGAAGCGUCGCCGCACGCUAUGAACACGUGGUACAGAGAUACAGGCGAGAAACUGCUGCCCAGUGACAAAUACGUAAUGACGGAGCACCCGUUGAACGAGUACUCCUGGCAAAUGAAUCUCACUGUCAAUUCCCUGGAAAAACGGGACUUCGGCGGAUACGUGUGCUCGUCCGUCAACGCGCUCGGCAAGUACGACGGCGUAGUGCGAUUGCAAGAGCUGCAUCUCUCCGCAAAGACGACACCGACGACACUCACGAAAAACACGGAUAUCAGACAGCGCAAAAAGCCGGUAUUGAAGGGCAAAAAGAAGAGCAACAACAGCAACGGUAGGCGAGGACACCCGGGUUUCGACGACGGCGAUUCCGUCAGUGGCGAUGACGAUUUCGGCACGACGCAGAUCAUGACCGGUAGUACUCAGGAGGGCCAAAAAACAGACAGACCCAUCAUGGCGCCUUCCUUACCGCCGCCGCCUUGGGUCGUCGUGAGUGUCGCGAAUCUCAGGCAUCCCUCGAUAUCCGCGAUUUUACUCUUGCUUCUUCUGCCGACCACUUUAUAAAACAAUGGCGAAGAGCUUCAAGAGUAAACGGUGAAUAUGAGAGAAACGGCGAUUAUGAAGAUCCACGAGCCAGGCCGGAGAAAGAUAGAUUUAAAAGAUUCCGCGUGAUAUACAGGUAUAAAAAUUAACAUUUAAUGAAUUAACAUUGAUUCGGCGGUUAAAGAGAUUGAGAUCUUUCAAAUGCAGAUAAUACACGCGCGCGUGGAAUUAUUAUUAAUUUUAAAAACAUUUCUUACACUUUUAUCGGUCAAGACUUUUUACUGUUAAAUAUAUAUUUUUUAAAUUUAAUUCUGAAAAUUUUAAAAGCAAUUAUAUAAUUUUUUAUGUUUUUAUAUUUUGUAUUUUUUAAAAUAAUUAUAUAAUGUGUGUAACUACAUAUCUUUUAUUUUCAUUUUUUAUCGUCAGAAUAAAAUAAAUUUUUUAAAAAUAUUCACCGUUAUACAACUGCCUUGUAGGAAACGAUUAUCUCCGCUGUUAAUAAUGGCGAAAGUUUUCUCUCAAAGCUUGUCAGAAUAUAUUUAAAGAGAGUAAUCAUUAUAAAGAAAUCUCUGAAUAUUACGGACUCUUCUACUUUAAUCAUUAUUUGAUAUAUUUUACGUUUUUUGCGAUGUCAAAAUGCUUUCUCGAAUUACGCGUUUGGCUCUAAGAAUCGAUCGUGAAAUCCAAUAUCUUUGAACAGUAGAAAACCAAUCUCUUUAAGGGGAGAAAAGCCUGAUUCCGACGGAAUCUGACAUCGACUGUCUGGUCAUUAUCUUCAUUACCCCCUAUUAUCUACAUAAUUCACUGGCAGCUUCUCCUUUUAAUCGCGACUUUAAGAUAAACAUAAAAUUUAUUAUACAAUUACCUUAGGAAUAUCUAUCUUUAAAAUUUACGAAAACUAAUCGCGCAUUGCGAAUUAUCACAAUUGUUUCUAAGGUAUUAUUCGCGUGAAAAGAUAUGAAACAUUUUUAAGGAAGAACAGGGUAUAAGUCUUUUUCUCUUUCUCACUCUCUCAGUUAGAUAAAUGCGAUAUUUAAUUUCUUGUUCAUAAGAGAAUCAACAUGUCGCAUAUCAUCAGACACCAGUUGCGUACAAAGCUAUUAUAAAUUCAGGAUGGAGAUUAAUGAAUGAACUUAGGAAAGCAAGCAAAGGGGUCAGUUAGGGACCUCUCGUGGAUCUUCAUUAGUCGCCUAAAAGUAACGCAAAGGGACGCGCCGUGCGUACGCGACAAUCCUAUCUGGGUAGGUCAGUCCCUCUGGCGAUGAUUGUAAAUAUAAAUGAAGGACGAGUAAAUUCGGUCAAAAUGUACAGAAUAAAAGUGACUCUACUUCCGAGUCAUUUAGACCUCAUAGCAGUGCUCCUAAAAUUUUGCAAAUAAAAAUUUAUUGAUGAUAUACACAUUGAUAUUUUUAAAAAUAAUUUUAAUUGCUAUACAUUCAAUAAUUGCACAAAAAUACAAUUAUAUAUAAAAGUAUAUAUACAAUUUUAAAAUUAAAGAACUUCGUGUUCUCUUAUGUUAAAAAAUUUUUGUUCGGUACUAUCAUCACAAUUUAAUGACUAUAUUGAUGUAGUAACGAAUCUUUUCUCUAAAAAUGUUUUCAUAGCACUGUUUGAAUUGAGAGGCUAGUGAUGGGAAUAGAGUCUUGUUGAUGAGGCGAAGGCGUGCGCAACUACGCUGGAAAAACAAGAAAAAAAACAGAAAUAGGUCUUCCCCUUAUUCGAUAUAACAAAAAUGUAUUUCUAGAAGCGAUCGGAUGUAGUCACUGCCGCGACCAAAAAGACGAUGUCGAAACUUUCGACAGGGUCUCUGUAAAUAUACGCGACACGAUGUCAACAUGUGAGAGGCUCUUCCUCUCUUUCUCUCUCUCUCUCUCUCUCUCUUUCUCUUCUUCUCUCGUUUAGACGUAACCGGCGAUUAAUCGGACCGUAGGUAAAAUACAGGUCAAACAAGUUCGUGCAUCGCCCGAUCGACAUGGCGAACGCGGAAAAAGGAGAUAACAUCGGGGGUGCGAAUGUACCGGAACUGCGAGAUGAGUUCUCUGUGCCGACAUCCUGCGUGUACUGCAGAGUUCAUGUAGAUUUCGUCGUGGCUAUUGAAUUUAACUGUCGAAUAGACUUUACUAGAAAAAACUGAAGCAGGGGCAAACAAAUCUAUAUGAAAUAGACGGAUCGAGAAAUAACACGUCUUGUUUUUUAACGGGUGUGUUAUUUAUUGGGGAAACUUUGUUCCACAUCAACGAUUUUAUGAGAGACAUUUUUAUCAUGUAGAAGCAAAAUACGAAAUUUUUGCGCGAUGCACGAACUUACUGAUUCGACGUUAAGAGUUCUCGCAAAUCAAUGUUCGUAUAUUUGCCGCUUAGAGUUGAAAUAUACGGAAUAAGUACGUAUUCCAGGAUGCCAAAAGUUGUUUCUUUUGCUUUGAUCUUGAUUUUCAACAAACUUCAAAUCUAGUCUUUGCUUUGUUACAUUACUUUUUUUCUUUGUAUUAGAUUCAUAAUUGUAGUAAAAUAUUUAUUUGUAGAUAUAUAGAUAAAGUGAAAAUUCGUGAGCUUUGCUGUAACUGAACGGUUUAAAAUACGAUAACGUGGACUAAUUGAUUCUGACCGAAUUGAUUCUUUUUAUGGAACCUCUUCUGAGUUACUCCGCAUACGUAAUAUCCUGUAUCCGGUAUUUGCUGUUGUUUAAAAAUAAGUCACUGCCUGCUGUUAUUGUUGCUGUUGACAAUUGCAAAUGUAUUAAUAUAAAAUGCAGACGAUAAGAUGGAAAGCUUUGCAAAUUUGAACGAGAUGAGAUUUAUUCGAGAUUCGUCGAUUCUCAUUUUGCUGGCGACCGUUUUGCGGCCCCGUUUCGUCUUCCACGAUACUUUUUUAUUUUUCCAUGAACAUCUGUCGCGACCAGGGCACUGGGCAGGCUAAAUGUGCGCUCAACUAUCGCAAAUUGACGUGGCUUAAUUCGGUCGAUGCACUUUUACGAUUAGAUGAGCCGACGUAUACUGUAGGUCCGUACGCAGAGCGGAGGGCACGACAAUAAAUACGGUAUAGUGAAGUCUCGUCAGAUCGGACUUUCAUUCAGCUUAAAAGCUCGCUAGAAAAUGCCGGCGAUUUUCAUAUUUAAUGUUUCUUUCAGAAAUUAUUCCCAUGUGAGAUUUGUCAAAAGAUUCGUCGUACUGAUUUAAUUACGCUUAACGUGGCGUUAAUUAUUCCAUUGAAUAACUAACAUUCGUGCGAAUUAAAUAAAUUAAUGUAAUGAAACCGCCAACAUCCGCUAACUAUUUUAUUAGAUGUAUAAAAAAUAUUUUUAUCGUUUGUUUGCGUUAAUGCCUUUAAUGUAUAAAUCGAAGAAUUUCUUCUGUACUGUAAAUAAUACAUUACUGUAUUUAAAUAUAUACAUUUAGCGAUAAUGGCGGGACUUUGUAAAAAUCCGGCGAGUUUUUAAGCACAUCACCGACUUGCUUGGUGCGCUCCAUGUAAAAUAUGCAGGGUAUAUAAAAAAUAUAUCGUGCGUCUUUUUAUAGCUGCAGAAUGCUCGAUAAAGGUAAAAAUUUGAUUAAAUUUAAUAUUAUUUAAUAUUGACGAAACAUAGUGUUACACAUUAUCUACACUGAGAAAGAGAUAUUAAAAAAUUGACUUGUAGGUAAGUAAUGUUUAUUUCACUGAAGUAAAUCUUUAUUUAAAUAUAAAAUAAAAUUUGAGCAAAUUAAUUUCAUAAGAAAAAUGAUAUAUAUUUUGAAAAUAUAUAUUCCGUCAUCACAAAUUUUUUAAUAACAAAUAAAUACUGAAGGAAACGUCACAAGUAAUAUUUGCUUUUAUUUCGACUUUUUUUCUCAGUGUACGUUUGUGUUUAAAUUUAAUAUGUCACGUUAUUUUUACGGAAAUUUUAAGGAAUUACAGUAAAGAACAUCUUUUAAUCUGCAAUAAGUUUUUUGAUCCGUAAUAAGUAUAAUGUAAAAAAAACACGCAUUUUUAUACACUCUGUAUAUGCAAUAUAUACAUAAUGUAAAUUUUUCAUAUACAUAAUAUAUGAAGUCUAAUUAGGCAACAACCGUUGGAUAUUCUCUUAUUAUAAGGUAUGCUGCUAAAAGAACGCGGCAAAAAAAUCAUCGGCGUUAAGUAUAAAAGUUAAAAAAAUACAUAUAUAUGGCAACGAGACAUAUGAAUCAUAUAGGACCACGUUUAAUGUAUGUACAUACGCUCGUAUUACACAUUGAGAAAAAUACAUAUGUGUAAAUAACACAAAAGCUGUGUGUGGACGUUCGGAUUUUCGAGGUAAGCGUUUAGGAUUCGUUCGAUUUAAUGUACUCUCGAACGAGACUAGAUUUUGUAAUAAUACGAUAUACAUAGAAGGGUUCGUAAGGCGGGUGUAACAUAAUGGACAUGAAAAAUAAGUCGUGCCUGUACGCACGAUACGUGUAUCCACGUACAAUUACAUAUACAUACAUUAGAUGUAAGUAAAUGUGAGUCUUGCUCGUUCGUUAGAAAUUGAGACAACGAAAGUCCGAGCGGAUGCUUUCAUCAACUGCUAAAAUAGGAGAGACGUCAACAGUUUCAAGAAAAGAUUGGCAAUAAAAAAGAAUCUCAUUAUUUAAAUAUAAAUUUACCUAUAUAACUUUCUGAGAAAUAAUUCUAAAAAAGUUAUAAAUUUAUGACAUUAUUCUAUAAAUUUAAGUUUUUUAUUACAACUUACUUAAAUGCUUACUAAAAUGCUUACUAUUAAAAAAUCUUUUAUGUUUACACCUUUGUCGAGACAUAAAAUAUCUUUAAUUCAUGUUUAAUCAAAUUUUAUUUAUUAAAUGUUUCUUAAACUUUAUCUUUAUUAAAUUUUCUUAUCAUUAAAAUAAUUUCCAUCCAUAUCUCUCUUAUAUAUUUAUGUUUUUCUCUAUUCUUAUUUUUUAUAUUUAUAUCCACAUUUUAUAUUAGAUCUUAUUUUUUAUUCGUAUAUCUACAUUUUAUGUCCAUGUUAUGGAUCCUUACACGUGUUAGAUAUAAAAUUCUUAUAGAAUUCCAAUUACUGCUGCUUUAAGCGGGUAUUUAAUUGCUUAUUUUGUAGUUUUUUAAAUAUAUAAUGAAUAUUCUUUUUCGUUAUUAAAAUAAAAACUUUAUAUACACAAAAUAGCAAGUUAUAAAAUUAUUUAUAUUUAUAUAACUUAAGUUUAUUUUUUAUUCUAAUUGAAAAGUGGCAGAAACUGAGAUAAUUACGUUAUAUAAAAUUAGAUAUAGUCAAUGUAUAAAAAGGUUGCCAAUCUUUACCAUAUCCUUUGCAGCAGUUCGAUUGCUAAUCAUUAAUGAAUCUACGGGUGAAUUGGGAGAGUCGCGAAGGCCUAAGGCUAUAAAUAUGCAAAAUUUGAAAUAAAGAUGCCAAGUAUCCCCAUAUUAAACCAUUAAAUUUUCUGUAUAGAGAAAGUGAAUAUUAUUCGCGAAUAUUUUCAGUUGAAAUCCUUGGGGGAAAAAGGUCGAUAUAUCUAUUAGCACAAUCCGUCUCUGAUUUUCGUACAGAGUACAACACGAUUGUUUGUAAUUGUUAACGAUGCAUUAAUUAGAUGGAACUCUGUGAGCAUUGAAAAGUAAUUUAAGACAACUUGUUUUUGGAGAAUUGGAGGGAUUUAAACGGUCAGUAUCCGUACGAUUUAAUUCAACUCGACGCGACUGCGGUUGCACAAUACGAAAUUACAGCAACAAUCCCGACGGGCUUUGAACAUGCCCGAAGUUUGAAUUACAAGUUGAGGGUGCCUGAACUUUGACCGGAGUUGUGUAAUUGAAUAUGUCAUGUGAAAAUAAUGCGAUACUGGAGAGAAAACGCACAAUUGUUUAUACGAAAAUCAAAAUUCACACAUUAUACAUUAAUAUGGUGAAAGGUAUCGCAACAUGUAAAAUGUCAAACUUAUAUAAAUAUAUCGUAAAAAAUGUUGCUUGCGAUUAAAUGUAAAACUGAUUAAUUAAUUGCAGUCGUAUAUUAAAUAAUUGUUUUUCAAUUGUUGUUCAAUUUUUUAUACUUUACAGAAAGCGUUGCCGUAUAGAGAGAGAUAACUUCUUUAAAAAACAUUCGAUAUACAAUUUAUCGACUUUUUCUCUUUCUUUAAAUAUAACGAAUAAUUAAAAAAUAAACACUAUUGUAACUUGUAAUUUAAUUUAAUACUGGUCUGUAAUCAAUGUUAAUGAUUAUGCGCUGCAGCUGUUUCUGUGAAAUCAAAUUGUCAUGAAAUUGUUCAAUGAUUUGCUCAGAGAAAUAAGUUGGAAGAAGCUAAUUAAGUGUCCCUGUAACAUUGCAUAUUUAAAAAAAAAACAAUGCGAUCAGUUUCGAGCAAUGAUGCUAUGCACAGCAAUAAUAAAUAAGUAAAUAACUUGUGUCUGCAUCGUUAUCCGUAAAUGCAACGUCGUUUACCUUUUGUAAAUUAAAACUGUGAAUACAAUGCCUUCGACGGAAUAAAGAACAAUGGGAGUAAUAUAACUAGUAUACAAUUCAAGAUACAUCGCGACUACCCAUAGAACGAAUCAGAGGGAAUGAGCAUGAUGUACGAUACUAUUAACUUCAGACAAUAAAAUGUUAUUAUCGAUGUUACCC